UUCCUGAAGCUGUUUCUAUUUGUGCGGGGCGACCGCUUGUGGCUUGCUAUUUAUUUAUCAAUUACCUUCACAAGUUGACCAUACAUACAACAUGUCUAGGUGUAAACAACACUGCGGGUGUUUCAUCUGACCAAAGCUCACCCGUCGGUUGUUGUGGGAAAACAACGUAUUUUGACGUUUGGGCGCGAAAAAGACGGAAACGUGCGAGCAUAAAUAGAAGCAGGCUAGCUAACUUGAGCUAGCACUUUAUGUUAAUUGGCUAAGUGUUGUUAGCUGACAUUUUCUCUUCACUUUAUCGCGUCCUCCUCGGCGAGUUAAACAACAUGGAAUGUCCUCAUUUGAGCUCAAACGUGAGCUCUGCUGGAGACUUUUCUCGGCUGCCUAACGGUGCUCCUUCCUCUUGGUGCUGCAGCGUUUGCAGAUCUAAUAAAAGUCCAUGGCUCUGCCUCUCCUGCUUGAUGGUCCACUGUGGACGAUAUGUUAACGGCGAUGCAAAAAAGCACUUUGAAGAGAAUCAAGUUGCGGGAAACAGCCAAAAGAAGGCCGAAAAAGAGAAAGGACAACAUUCAGUUUGCAUGGAUUCCAGCAACUACAGUGUGUUUUGUUACAGAUGUGAUGAAUUUGUUGUCAAUGACACCAAACUAUGGCAUGUGCAGAAAGUGCGGGAGCAUCUCCAAACCCUGGAAAGCUCAUCCCUAAUGGGUGACAAACAGAGAAAAAGAAAACUCCAGGACAACCAAGCUCCAGACAAGAAAAUGUUGAAAGAGAAUGAUGGGCCUGCUUUGGGAGCCACUGGCUUGCGUAACCUGGGUAACACAUGCUUCAUGAAUGCCAUUCUGCAGUCGCUCAGUAACAUCGAGCAAUUCAGCUGUUAUUUUAAAGGGUUGCCAGUCGUGUCGUUACGCAGUGGUAAGACGGCUGGAAAGAGGACGUACCACACUCGCAGCCAAGGGGACACCAGUGUGUUGCUGGUUGAAGAGUUAAGGAAGACAUUUUGUUCCCUCUGGCAAGGCGGAGCCUUCAGUCCAGACUCCCUAUUUUAUGCCGUAUGGAAAAUCAUGCCAAGUUUCAGGGGCUAUCAGCAGCAGGAUGCCCACGAGUUCAUGCGCUACCUGCUGGACCAUCUCCACAGGGAGCUCCAGCAAAACCAGAACGGGGCAACAGAGACCGUGUCACCUCAGGGUGGGCUCAGAACCUCCAGCACUGAUGGGAAAUGCUGCUUAAACGGAACUCCCAGCAUUGUCACAUCUAUUUUUGGUGGGAUCCUUCAAAAUGAAGUCAACUGUUUGAUAUGUGGGACAGAAUCCCGCAAGUUUGACCCUUUUCUUGAUCUGUCUCUGGACAUCCCCAGUCAGUUUAGACAAAAGAGGAGUAAGGAUCAAGAACCAGGGCCGACAUGCACUUUGCGUGAAUGCUUACGAAGCUUUACUGACCUGGAAGAGCUGGACGAAACAGAGCUGUACUAUUGCCACAAGUGUAAGAAACGACAAAAAUCCACCAAGAAGUUCUGGAUCCAGAAGCUUCCAAAGGUUUUGUGCUUGCACUUGAAAAGGUUCCACUGGACUGCUUUUUUGAGAAAUAAAGUGGACACUUAUGUGGAGUUUCCUCUAAAAGACUUAGACAUGAAGGGCUACUUACUUGAGGAGAGCUUGCUGGCAGGAAGCUGUUUGUAUGACCUGGUGGCCAUUGUAGUGCAUCAUGGAUCUGGGGUGGGAUCGGGCCAUUACACGGCUUACGGCAGCCACGAGGGGCGCUGGUACCAUUUCAACGACAGCACAGUGACUUUGGCCAGCGAAGAAACGGUGAGGAAGGCCAAGGCAUACAUCCUCUUCUAUGUGGAGAGGACUGAGCAGGUGGCAUCAGGAAGGACCGCGAUGGGCACAAGUCCUGCAGAGGUGGCUAUGAACCUAUUGGAUGUCGACAAUGCUUUAGAAGACUCGUCUGCAUCAGAUAGCUCGCCGUUAAAAAACACGACGGGGAUCAAACGCUGAGAAAACCCAAUCAACAAUAACGCAGUGAAUCAGACUGCUUUUCUUCUUCACCUUAAUGACACUUUUUAGGACCCAUAUGACAACAAUUGUUGUUGGAAUCACGUGAAGGUGAGAAUAUCAGUGAUGUGAGACCUUUAGCAUGUUUUUAUCUUCACCACCUGCAGAUAACCUCUUAGUUAUGUAGGGGAUGUAGUCUUUACACUUCAAAAGCUCAACCAGGCUGUGAAAUUGUCCUAAUAGAAAAUGAAACAUUUUGUAUGUAAUUUGACUAUGACUUCAUGAAAAAAGACACUUUUUGAUCAAAA